UUUGGUUUUCGUUGUAAGCGACGGGCGAGUGGGAAAGACAGAGGAUAAAAUCUACAGAGACGGAUCUCCAAGGAAACUCCAAGGGAAAGAGUCCUCUCUGUUCUUUUAGUUCCUCUAGACUUCUGCCUGAUUUUGUUUAUCAUAAUUCAGAUACCAGAAAGAAAGAGAGAGAAAAAACUUCUAAACCGAUAUGUCUGGCAUUUCGAAUUCCGGCAAUUGAUUCAUGUCCCCAAUUUUUUCCGACCAGUCAUACACAUACGCACAAAAAGUAUAAAAGCUUCGCCCCUGCAGAAAUUAUUUCACCCUUUUCAGAUAUUAAUAUAGCCGACUCGGGAGUUUCGAUUCUGUAAUGUCAGAGUAAUGGGUUCACGCAGACGAUCAGCUCCUCCUCCUCCCUCUCGACUUGACGACGUGGCGAUCUCAGAACUCCUUGAGAUGCAGCAUCAACAGGAAGUUGAAAAUCUGACACUCAGUGCACAACCUAUAAAAACUUUGAAGUUUUUCAUUUUGGCUAUUGUUCAAUAUGUUAAGCGGUCACUAUUAUAUCUGUUGGCAAAAGGUGGAUGGCUAAUGCUUUUGAGCACAGUGGCAGUGGCUAUCGGAAUUCUUGUUAUAGCCAUUGAUGGCCCUCAUGAGAAGCACGUUGAGGAGCUUUCUAAAUAUAUCCGGUUUGGACUAUGGUGGAUUUCUCUUGGAGUCGCAUCUUCGAUUGGGCUUGGAUCUGGUUUGCAUACUUUUGUCCUUUAUUUGGGGCCCCAUAUUGCACUGUUCACCAUAAAAGCAAUGCAGUGUGGACGCGUGGAUUUAAAAAGUGCCCCUUAUGAUACUAUUCAGUUGAAAAACGGUCCUUCAUGGCUUGAUAAGGAUUGCUCUGAAUUCGGGCCCCCAUUGUUCCCAUCAUUAGAUGGUUUACGUGUUCCACUUAGCAGCAUAUUGCCACAGGUUCAGAUUGAGGCUGUUCUAUGGGGUCUUGGGACUGCUAUUGGAGAGCUUCCUCCAUACUUCAUCUCAAGGGCAGCAAGCAUAUCAGGUAAAUUGGAGGCUAUGCAAGAAUUGGAUGCCUCCCCAACUGAAGGCAAAGGAUUCAUUGCUACUCGACUAAAUCAAAUCAAACACUGGCUUUUAUCACACUCGCAGCACUUGAACUUCUUUACAAUUUUAGUUCUCGCAUCGGUGCCCAAUCCUCUAUUUGACCUUGCUGGAAUUAUGUGUGGACAAUUUGGAAUUUCAUUUUGGAAGUUUUUUCUUGCCACAUUGAUUGGAAAGGCAAUUAUUAAAACUCACAUACAGACGGUUUUUGUCAUCUCAGUUUGCAAUAAUCAACUCCUUAACUGGAUUGAAAACGAAUUGAUAUGGUUACUGAGCCUUAUUCCUGGUUUUUCUUCUGUCUUGCCUGGCCUUGUUGUCAAACUCAAUGCUGUCAAAGCCAAGUAUCUGACUGCACCUCCUCCUGUGGCCUCAAAUAUUAAGGUAAAGAAAUGGGACUUCUCACUUGCUUCCAUCUGGAAUACCGUUGUGUGGCUCAUGCUCAUGAACUUCUUGGUCAAGUUUGUGACGGCAACUGCCCAAAGUUAUCUGAAGAAACAACAGGAAAAUGAGGUAGCUGCAUCGGCAAACAGGUCAUCUACAUCAGCACAUUCAAAUUGAAUCCAUCACUUAAUACUAGAUGAAGUGGCAGCAGCCUUGGUGUCCCUACAAGUAGAACUAAUGGAAUUUUAAGCAAGGCUAUAUGUGACGUCCACGCAAAAACUCUGGCAUCGGAAGCCCCUAUUUGAAGCCUGUAUAGAAUUAGGAAAACAAUGGACAACACGUAAAAUCUGCAGGUUUAUUUCCCUUGUUUUGAGCUGGGGGAAGCAUUGUUUUGGGUAAUUUUUAGCCCAUUGUGGACUUCUGAUGAAAUUAGAAACUGGAAUCUUAUUAUUCUUUUGCAAUGCAAGCACAGAUUAUAUAAA